UACCUAUCAUGCCUUUUCUAACAUCUUCGACCUGUUCGAUCAUGACAGCAAUGGCAAAAUCACAACUACGGAGAUUGUUACAACUUUCAAUGAGUUGAGCUUACCAAUCACAGUUGAACAGGCUAAUCUGCUGGUGGCCGAGUUUGAUAAGAACGGCGACAGAGAACUGGAGUUCACUGAAUUUAUCAGCAUGGUCAAAAAGUACAUGAAGAUUUCUGACUACCCUGUAGAAGGCAUGUUCAAUUACUUCGAUAUGGAUGGCGACGGCUACAUUUCCGUACAGGAGUUUGUGAACUCACUCAGGUAUUUAG